AUGGCUAAGGCUCAGCAUAGCCACAGAAGCUCAAAGACAAAAAGGCAUUUACCAUGUAUUGUGUGUUUGUGUAUUUUAGGGUCUCUUUCUGCUGAUGCUGAGGAGAGGCUGGUAGAUUUCCUGCUUGGUCCUGAGCGUUACAAUAAACUUAUCCGUCCUGCGGUCAAUAAGAGUCAGCAGGUCACUAUUGGCAUCAAAGUCUCUCUUGCACAGCUCAUUAGUGUGAAUGAGAGGGAACAAAUCAUGACGACGAAUGUGUGGCUGACUCAGGAGUGGAAUGACUACAGACUGGUGUGGGACCCGAAUGAGUACGAGGGCAUCAAAAAACUACGAAUUCCAUCGCAGCACAUCUGGCUUCCUGAUAUAGUACUCUAUAACAAUGCUGAUGGUGUAUAUGAAGUAUCAUUUUACUGCAAUGCCGUUGUCUCCAACACUGGUGAUAUAUUCUGGCUCCCUCCUGCCAUCUACAAGAGCGCCUGUGCUAUAGAAGUACGUAACUUCCCUUUCGAUCAACAGAACUGCACGCUUAAAUUCCGUUCUUGGACCUAUGACCGCACAGAACUCGAUCUUGUCUUGACGUCUGAUUUUGCCAGUCGAGAUGACUACACACCCAGCGGCGAAUGGGAUAUUGUGUCGCUCCCUGGCAGAAAAAACGAAGACCCCAAUGACCUCACAUAUCUGGAUAUCACAUACGACUUUGUGAUUAGACGCAAACCUCUCUUCUACACGAUUAACCUCAUCAUUCCAUGCGUCCUCAUCACUUCUCUUGCAAUUCUGGUUUUCUACCUCCCUUCAGACUGUGGAGAGAAGAUGACUCUUUGUAUAUCGGUUCUUCUGGCUCUUACUGUGUUUCUGCUCCUGAUAUCCAAGAUCGUUCCGCCAACAUCAUUGGCUGUUCCAUUAAUAGGGAAGUAUCUGAUGUUUACGAUGGUGCUGGUCACAUUUUCUAUUGUGACGAGUGUGUGUGUGCUCAACGUGCACCACCGUUCUCCAUCGACACACCACAUGCCCGAGUGGGUCAAGCGUGUGUUCCUUCAUAAGCUUCCUGCUUUCCUUCUGAUGCGACGGCCUGGAAGGUCUAAUGUACGGGAAAGGUUUCGACGGAAACAUCAACGGAAAUCAUUCUCAUCUGAUGCGAAGGGCAUAAGGUUGGAUGGAGACUCAUUCUUCUUAAGUGAUGACCCUGGGCGUGUGUGUGGGGCCUGGAGGGUCGGCGACCUUCCUGAGGGGUCAGAGUUCAGGCAAAGAGUGAAAGUCAAGCACGACCAAGAUGUGGAUGAGGCCAUAGAGGGUGUGAGGUUCGUUGCUGAACAUAUGAAGAUUGAGGAUGAUGAUGAAGGGAUCAUUGAGGACUGGAAGUACGUAGCCAUGGUGAUUGACCGGCUCUUCCUCUGGAUUUUUAUCCUGGUGUGUGUCGUCGGCACACUCGGACUCUUUGUUCAGCCUCUCUUUCAGAGCUACAACACCCCCGUGGCAGAGGAAGAAUAUGGGGAUUUCUAAAAUAUCUGCUGAGUGAUCCUGUGACUUUGGGGCGAACCUGUUGACUGAACUUUGACAUAUCACAAAAACACAUAUCCACAUUAACGUUCAGCAGAACAGAACCAUUGUGGGCCGAAUUCACUAAACAGUUGCAUUAGCGUAUGGUGUUUCAGCGCAAAAUCACAAACCACCCGCAAUCUAGUUUAAGCAGAUUGUGCAUUUACAUUCAUUCUUUUCUUGGCAAACCACCCUUCUAUGCAAAUUAGGCUUCUUAUAGCAUGUGUAUUCAAAAAAUGAGUGCUGUGUGACUGGUACAAUUAACGUUGCGCUAUUAUCGCCCGUAGAAAGCUGGCUGUAAACACAAUUGUAUGUAAAACAGACAUUUGUUUACAUUUUCUACUGUUCAUGGUAGCAAUAAAUUAUCAAAUGAUGAUUAAUUGGAGUAGAGCGUUAUAAUCAGCCAUAAAACCAGCCAUUACUCGAUUUGCAUAAUUCCUUUAGAUGCAGAUAAACACAUCUGCUGGUUCUGUUCCUUCUUAGUGAAUUCCCUCUGUGUGUCGCAUGACAAACAGUCUCAAAGCUAUAAACCAAUGAUCCCGUUUCUUUAAUUAAAGGUGCUGUAUGUCAUUUUUUGACUGUAGUAAAGCAUACAAAUACCAUAAUAGAUUUGCAGAUAUUUAGGAAACAUGUUUCACAUACUUGUUUCUCCGAAAAACAAUGCUA